AAAGCUAUAGCUCGCGACGGCAAGCAAUCUUGCAGUUUUUUUUUCUUUGAAUUCGAUGUUACGUAAAGACACGUGCUACCGGCUAAGAGGGCUAAGACCAACUUAGCAAUCUCCCAAGCCGACGGUACGCCUUCUUGGUGGGUUUCCCCCCUCCGUGGCCGUCGUUAUCGCGCUGCCGAUAAAGCGAAUCGGCGAUAUCGACACGUUUCGCCGCCUAAUCGUCCUUUUCAGACGCCAACGUCGCAUCGUGCAACCAGUUCCCCUCCGGGUGCCGGAGGGUCAAGCAGCUCUUUUUUUCUUUCACGAUGCACGUCCACCGGUCCGUCGCUUUGGUCCUGUGCGGCCUGUCCUGGACGCUCGUCCUGGGCUUGGCCUCUAGUCAGGACGGCAACACAAAUCUCAAGAGCGACGCGGCAAAGAAUUCAACCUACACCUCUGCCACAGGACAGGACUUUACGGGCGGGGCCGUGCACGACAGGGACCGUGUUUCGAACGACACCGAGGCCUUGGUAUUCACGCCUCCGGGCCGCAUCGACGUACAGGAAGAAGAAGAAGUCGUCGUGCGGGUGUCCUUCACGACACCCGGCAAUCGCACGAUAUCGGUGACCAGCGCCGACACAAGCGUCGCCACGGUGGACGUUUCGCAGGUGUACGUGCAGGCCGAGGCCAACGGCACCGGCUUCAACUUCACCGUCCGCGGAGUCUUCGUCAGUUACACCAAGAUCUUUUUCAAGACGUGCCUGCUGGAGGACGACGUGGAGACGAACUGCACGGAGAGCAGCUACCUGGUCGCCGUGCUUCGCAACCCCACGGUUCUUCAGCAAGUCUUCCCGUACCUGAUCGCGAUCAUCGUGUCCAUCAACUACGUCAGCAUGGGCUGCCAGAUAGAUCUGAAGCUCAUCGUCGAUACGCUGAAGAAACCGCUGCCUCCGCUCCUUGGCUGCGCCUGCCAGUUCCUCUUCAUGCCCCUGGUUUCCUAUGGCAUGGGCCUGCUCUUGCUCGAAAAUGGCCUCAUGCGGUUCGGAAUCUUCAUGCUUGGGUGCUCGCCUGGUGGAAACUCGAGUAACCUCUGGACUCUAAUUUUCAACGGCGAUGUUGCGCUCAGCGUCACCAUGACGUUCGUCAGCACAAUUGCCAGCAUAGGAAUGAUGCCUUUGUGGGUGUUCCUCCUGGGGCGGCACAUGUCUCCUGAGACAGGCGUGUUAAGCAUACCCUUCUCCAACAUCAUUGCCAGUCUUGUGGGUCUGGCCAUACCCUUGGCCAUCGGCAUGGCCAUCCAUAAGUUCAAGCCUAAAUGGGCCCUGGCGUUGACUAAGUACGUCAAGCCCAUUACCAUCGUCGUUUUGAUCGCCAUCCUCGUCUUAAGCGUCACCGUCAACAGGUACAUUUUCCUGCUGAUGACGUGGCAAGCCCUGCUCUGCGGCGCCCUCGUCUCCUGGAGCGCUUACGUAUUCGGCGCGCUGGCCGCUUUCGUGGGCCGCCUCAGUCGAGCGCAGAUCAUCGCCGUGGCCAUCGAGAUUGCCUUCCAAAACAGCGGCAUCGCCGUCGUCAUCCUGUACGCGUCACUUCCGCUUCCCGACGCCGAUCUCGUUAUCGUGCCCGUCGUCUGCCAGACGAUCCUACAGGGCGUGCCCCUGUACGUACUGUACACAGCUAAGCGGAUCAAAUCGUGCGUGUCCAAGCGAAUGCAUCCGGACGAGAAGCCGAUUCCCGGAUCCACUUCCUCUGAACAGGAAGUGGAAAGCGGACUUUUUCCGGCGAAGGCCGCCGAGGGGGACGCUCGGGCCUCCGCGGUGCCUAACAAGGGUCCCUUGGAGCUCCAAAAUGUGGUCGCCGAGUCCGAAGAGAAGAAAUCUCGGCUGUGAUGUGUGCACGAAAGAGACCGGACUAAGAACUUGCAAUGAAAUAGUGGUCCCUUUCGGUAGGCCAGUGGUAACCUUUCGCACAUUCUUGAGUAGAGGUGUGCGCGUGGUUUUGAUGUGGCCUUUUACAGUGUAAUAUAUGCAUUCUCAUCUGUCGUGUGCUCUCUGUACAAUAGUUCUUCAAUGUGUAUAAGGACUGAUGACACCGGUGCGGGUGCGAUUGUGCGCAGUGUUUCAUGUCUACUCUUUUAUGAAAUUGAAAAGCAAGAUGUAGAAUCUGCAGGUAUAUAUCUAUAUUUUAUAUGCGUUUGCGGUCACACUUUUUCCGGCUUCAGCAAGGGUUCAUAAAGCGUGUCAUGGUGUUAUUCAGGGGUUGGCCUUGUAAAAACGUAUUCCUUGAAUUUACGUUGAACGUGUCCAACAAUCGGGAUGUAAAGACAGUAGAGAAGUGCUUCUUAUUUCAUAUCACUACUUCAGCACCUUUCAAAUCUAUAAGCUGGAGAACGCCUGCUAGCGGCUUGCAGCAAAGUUCACACUUCCGAUCUGAAUGUAACACGGAUCUUUUAUUCUUAUAUAAAAAUGACAUUUUAUUGCUUCUACAUUGUUUGUGGACUGUGCAUGUGCAUGAAAUGUUAUAAGUUCACUCGGGUUUAGGAACUUGGCAUUGGGCCGAUUGGAUAUAUUAUCUGUUAGAUGUAAUUUUAGUAUUUGUGUAUUUGUAUUUUUGGCAGCUGGGAGGCAUCUUAAAGUCCGCGGCAUGCACAAUGUAUUGUUGAUAUCUUUUCUUGCUUCGGCAUUGUUAGGCGUUACCGUUUGUUAUAGGUUUUAAUCUGACAUUUUCUACCGCCUUUUGUUCGUGGACUGAUAAUUUGUUGUGACAAUCGUGCCCUUUAGUUUUGCAAUGCAGAAUUGUCUUCAUUCAAUGCCCGUUUUACGCUCGAUUAUAUAAUGGUAGUUGUUCACCGCGCUCAGAUUUUUAGCUGUUUUUAUCAUGUUUGUGAACGUGUUCCAGCGCAGUAAACUGCAGAACAUUUUAACCGCCGGUGUUUUAGUAAUAAUGUACAUUUUUGAGUGUUUGAUUUUGUUCAAAUUCGAGGACUUCGUGUGCCCGUUACGUAAGCCUAAGCUCUCCUCUGACCAGAAAUACGACCGAGAAAAGAUAUUGUAUAACAUGUGCAUGCUGAGUUCGACAACUAAAUGUUGCGCCGCAGUGCACGACGUUAAAAUUCGCGGUUGAUAUCGCUGCAAAGAAGAGCGCAUUGACUUGUGCAAUAAACAUGUUUUUAAAAAGAAA